GAGGAGCGAGAGCGAUAAGAUCAUGCAGUUCGUACACAACAAGGCCAAUGGCACGAAGGACAUGGACCGGCUCUUAGAGAGUAUCAGGAGGUCCGAGGGCGCGAUCCUGAUCAAGACAUGCAGAGAGAUCGAGGGCAAGUACGUGGACUACCUCGCCGAGCUUGUUGGCAAGGAGGUCAUCGCUGUCGGGCCUCUGAUUCAAGAAUCGGCAGGAGGCGAUGCCAGAGAUGAUGAAGGGGAGAUAAUGAGGUGGCUGGAGGAGAGAGAGAGCGGCUCGGUGGUGUUCGUGUCGUUCAGGAGCGUGUGCUUCCUAUCGAAGGAGGAGAUGGAGGAGGUGGCACAUGGGCUGGAGCUGGCGAGCGAAGAAGCGGGGUUCGUGUGGGUGGUGAGGUUAUCAGGAGGAGACGGGGAGAGGGUGAGUGUUGAAGCUUUGCCUGAAGGGUUCUGGAGAGGACCAAGGACAGAGGCAUGGUGGUCCGCGGAUGAACUCCUCAGGCCAAGAUCCUCAUGCACCCGAGCACAGGUGGGUUUGUAAGUCACUGCGGUUGGGGCUCAACAUUGGAGGCAAUAGUCUUUGGCAUACCCAUCAUAGCCAUGCCGAUGCACCUCGAUCAGCCCUUAAACGCCAAACUGGUGGCAGA